AUGGAAAAAGUCGUGGGGCAAAUAGCCCUCCUUGGGCUAUUGCUGGCUUUUGUUGCAACAUUGCCAAAGAAGGAGGACUGGGACAUCUACAGCUUUCACAUCAACUCCACAGUGGCCAGUCGUUACGCCACCACCGUUAUCACUAGCCGCGUGGUCAACCGUAUGGACCAGCCAAAGGAAAUUGAAUUCCAAGUCAGGAUUCCCAAGAAUGCCUUCAUCAGUAAAUUCAGAAUGUUGAUCGACGGCAAAAUGUACGAUGGUGUUGUGAAAGCCAAAGAGGAAGCUCAGCAGCAGUAUCAGGAGGCGGUGUCCCGUGGUCAAAGUGCCGGGCUGGUCAGUUCGGUGGGUAGGACACUCGAGGAGUUCAAGACCACAGUGACUAUAGCCGCCCUCCAAAAGGUGACCUUUGAACUCACAUACGAGGAGCUGUUGAAACGCAGGCAUGGCAAGUACGAGUUGCAAAUCCAUGCUCGGCCCAUGCAGCCUGUAGUAGACUUUAAGGUCGACAUACACAUCAGUGAGAAAGCGGGCAUCAGUUUCAUCGACGUUAAAGGAGGACUAAGCACCAAAUCCAUGGCUGGUGCUAUCACCCAAACAGUUACUCAGAAUGAGGCAUGGCUAUAUUUCUACCCAACGGAGGGGCAACAGACAACAUGCACCAGCUGUGGAGAGCAGGGUAUGAAUGGAGAUCUGGUUGUUGUUUAUGACGUCAACAGGGACAACUCACUGGGAGACAUCACGGAGUCAGAUGGAUAUUUUGUCCAUCACUUCGCCCCGACGGGUCUGCAACGCAUACCGAAGAAUGUUGUCUUCAUUAUUGAUCGUAGUGGCUCCAUGCAUGGCAGAAAAAUCAUUCAGACUCGAAAAGCAUUACUUCACAUCUUGGGAGACCUGGCGGAAGAUGACUACUUUGGCCUCAUCACCUUUGACGACAAUGUUACUCCAUGGAAGGGAGAGCUCAUCCAGGCCACUGCUGACAACCUGUUGGCUGCCAAGAGUUAUGCACGGACAAUAAUGGACAGAGGAUCCACAGACAUUAAUGCUGCAGUGCUGGAAGGUGUGCAGAUGCUAAAUCGACAGCCCAGAGAAGGUUCUGCAUCUCUCCUCAUACUCCUCACUGAUGGGGACCCAACCUCAGGAGUCACAAAUCUUGAAAAAAUACAGUCAAAUGUAAGAAAAGCCAUAAGUAAGAGAUUCCCGCUCUACUGUCUUGGUUUUGGCUUCGAUGUCAACUUUGAGUUCCUUGAGAAGAUGGCACUGGAGAACCUUGGUGUAGCUCGGCGGAUUUAUGAUGACUCUGAUGCUGACCAGCAGCUGAAGGGCUUCUACGAUGAGGUGGCCACUCCUCUGUUGACGGAUGUGAUGAUGAUCUAUAUUGGUGGGGCUAAUCUAACCCAGACCAACUUCAGCCAGUAUUACAAUGGUUCGGAGAUUGUGGUCGCCGGCCAGAUCACCGACAACAACAUUUCAGCAUUCACCGUGAAGGCUGUAGCCGUUUCGAAAAAUAAUAUGAUGGAGUUUCUUCAAGAAAACCUUCAUGGGGAAUCCCUAGGAGAGAUAUCAGACAGCAACAUUGAGAGGGUUUGGGCCUAUCUCACCGUGAAACAGCUCUUGGAGCAACAAGUGCAGCUAGAUGGAGAGGAGAAGGAGAAAGUGAAGCACGCAACCCUGGCGCUGUCGCUGAAGUACAGCUUUGUGACUCCUCUGACGUCCAUGGUGGUCACAAAGCCUCCAGGAGAAGACACACAAGUUCUCCAUAAACCCAAAGAGGGUGCCGCUGCACCUCCAGUUUUCGCUGCACAUCCAGGUCAUCCUCGUUAUCAUCAUCCAGUUGGCGGUGCACUUCCAGGUCACCAUCGUCAUCAUCCAGGUGCUGCUGCACCUCCAGGUCGUCCUUAUCAUCAUCAUCCUCUUCCAGGUGCUGCUGCACCUCCAGGUCGUCCUUAUCAUCAUCAUCCUCUUCCAGGUGCUGCUGCACCUCCAGGUCGUCCUUAUCAUCAUCAUCCUCUUCCAGGUUGUGUGCAUGUGUUCACAGCAGAAAGCCUUGAUUACAGCGAUUCUCCGUCUGCGUAUGAUGAUAGCCAAGAAGAACCUCUGCAAGUCAUGUUGAAGCCAACAACUCCAAGCAACGGUCCUAUUUCCCAUAUGCUUCUGUUAAAGACUGCGAAUCACACUACUCCGCUGUGUAUCAGUGUCACUGAGCCGGCCAAACUCAAACUGCUGCAAGACUUCAACACAGGGUUGUCUGUGAAUGGAGAGCUUGAUUCGGUGAAUAAUGGGGGCUUCAGCAAGAUUGUAGUCCGCUACAAAUCUAAGGAGCACAUUGUGAUCGACAACCGAAAUGUCAUGAGGAAAGUGGAGAACGACACUGGUUUCCAGUUGGGACCGAAUGUCUUCAAAACUGGAAGUGUGACUCUGAUUGUGCGGGGCAAGGAGAUAGAUAUUUCAGCCGAAGGCAUACGUAUGGUCAUCUUACCUCAUGAGAGACAAGGGGAAAAAUUUAUUUGGCCUGCCUUGAGACAGUACCAACGGGGCAACAAGACUGAGGGACUUUUAUCUCUAUAUCCUAUAAUUUACGAGGAGGUCCAUGGAUCGCCCACCCCAAAACUAAGGGUAAACAACAAGGAGUUUGGUGUUUCCAAAGCCUCAGCUGUGGACUACAGCAUCCCCACUGCCCCGGUGCUCGACUGCUGGCUAACGGAUCCUGAGGACAUCUUGGAGGCCUUGCAGAGAACUCUGUUUGAAUUUGUUAUCGCAGCGCUUUAACUGGGAACAAUGCUGCAUCGCUUCAGAGUAAAUUAACACAGAACAUAGAUAAAACUUGAAAACGUAGGACUGAAAAUCCAUGCUCUGUAUGCAUUGCAGUUUGCAAAUCUGUCGCCCGUGUACGAAUAAAUGGCAUCUCUGA